AGAAUAUCUCCAAACCUAGAAGAAGCCCUGCGAUCACUCCGAUCAGAAACAACGCCGCGAGCCAUCUGGACCGACGCAAUAUGCAUCGACCAAUCAAACAUACAAGAACGAGGCCACCAAAUCGGAUUGAUGCAAAAUAUCCACUCCUUUGCGAGUAACGUUGUCAUUUGGCUCGGUCCUGCAACUCCUGCAACUGCUACCGGAAUUGAUAUUCUUUCCUUUCUUGCAGGAUCUGAUGGCUUCGAUGGAAAGUGCUCAUGGGAGCACCUUUCUCCCGCUUUGCUCUGUGAUGGAUUGAAUGACGUGAUGGGCCGACCAUAUUUCAGGAGAAUGUGGGUGGUGCAAGAAGCAGCCCUCGCCGGGAAGAUCGAUAUGAGAAUAGGGGACUACAGCGUGCCCUGGCAACGUGGUCAGGCAGCGAGGAGAUUCCUGUUCCGGUUGAAAUUCGCCGAAAUCUCGCCCAAAUGGGAGCAUGCAGGUCUCCACGAAGUCGACAUGAGACCAUUAAUAGAGGUUCUAGAGAUGAAUGUGAGGCAGGACUACCGCGAGAGGGGACAUGUAUUGCGCCCAGGUCUGCUUGAUAUAGCACACCACAUACGACACAGGGUAGCAUCGGAUCGACGGGAUAAAAUCUUCGCAUUAUUGGGCUUGUCACCAGACGGAUUUGACAUUCACGGCUUGGUCGAUUACACCAUGUCCACGGAGGAGGUAUUUAGGGCAUUUCACGGCCUGGUUGAGAAGGAAUGUUUCCCGGAGAUGGAAGACCUAGACAUGGAUGAGGAAGUCGGGUUGGAUCCAGACAGAGCACUGCCUAGACUCGCCUGA